AUGAGAAUUGCAGGAAAAUAUGUGUAUAGAGAUGUCUGUUUCUCGAUUGCAGGAAUCCUAGCGCUUCUUCUUAAGUAUGGUGCUCGAGUCAGUCAAAAGAAUAAACUAGGAUUGACUGCUCUUCAUAUGGCUGCCAGUAAUGGCAAUUCAUUGGCAAAUACAAUCCUUGUGCUGGAAGAUCCAGAUGGUAUCAACUAUAAGACAGAAAUGAAAGAAACCCCACUAUUUUUUGCAGUGAAGAAUGACCAUAUGGACUGUGCUGAGCUGCUUUUGCGCUGGGGAGCAAAUAGUGAAGUUCUCAAUUUACGGUACCUUUUCCGUCUUGCUCAUCCUUUGAAUCGCAACUUUCCAGUUCAACAGAAACUCCAAGGUGAUGAUGUCUUAUUGAGUGCCUGUGAAACACUCCUAUCCAUGACAGAUCAAGAUGCAGCCUCCGAAAGCGAUUCAGGAUCAAACAAUGCCUAUGUGGCUACGAAUUUUCAAGAAGUGGUUUCCGAGCUUUUUACAACACCUUUCAAAGCAUCCAAGGGAAGGAGUAUAUGCUCUCUCAUCUCUGAAAAGCUAGACCAUGUAUCUCUGGAUUAUUCUAAGCUCAGUGACUUUAUGAAAUGUUUCUCUGACCUUUGCUCCGCAAAGGUUGUUCCUAUAGGCAGAGGCGGACCUUUAAAUCACAUGGUUCUCUCAUCAAAGCAUCCUACGCUUCAGCAGCAAUUGCGCCAUAGGUUGACAAUCCCCAUUGCUCCCAUCCGAUCUUCUGGAAAUGUCGGCCUCACCAAUUGCAACACCGUGAAAGAGACCCCCUCCACUGGGAUCUCUUUGCCCACAAGGUUUCUUCAGUUCUCGGAGCAAGAUUCCCUUUUCCACAUGCGACCCUGGCUACAGAAGGAACACAGUGCAGAAUUACAAGGUAGUAACUGUCAUGGGAGGAAAAUGUUUCGCCUGGCGUUAUGGGCCAAUAUUCCAUGCAAACACUUGCUGUGGUGCACUGACUGCAAAUUGCAGGCUUCACUAGCGACCGGUUCUUUUGCACACAAAUGUGUGGUUUGUGAUGUGGAAGUACAGAAAAUGGAUUUGCUUCCAUGCCAAGACGGUCGUCAACUCGUUGGUGAACACAUCUCCCCAUGAGGAGUUUCCACCUUUUGAUCCCAAUCAUAUACGAAGGUAAAGUCUUUUAGCAAUGCUUUGAUUUGAUUAAAGCAUUGAAUUUCGAUUGCUGAUAAAAAUUUGCAUUCUCUAAUUUUCUCAUGAAAGCCUUUUAUGUACUAAGAAAACAUGUAACAGAAAAGAAAGAUGUGGUAUCCAAGUGGUAACCAACUGGUAUUCAAGUGGUAACCAUAUGCUAUCGGGACA